UCAAGAAGUAGAUAGAUGGAGGACGAGUAUGAGAGUCGUACUCUGAGGAGAAGGGUAGAGUUGGACACAGACAUCUUAGUCAGGAUUUUCCACAAGUUCACCAUCUUCGAACUAGCUCAUCUGACUCGUGUCUGUAAAGCAUGGAGAACCGCUUGUUGCGAUCCCAUCCUGUGGAAGACUCUUGAUCUCUCACACAUGAGAUCUACUUUCAUCAAGACCCCUAUGGAGCCUUAUGUCUACGUCGAACGUCGCUCUGAUGUGGCCCUGACUCGGAUCCUCAAAUUCUCCAUGAAGCUUAGCGGAGGGAACACGAGGACAUUGGUUUUCCAUUUCAACUUGUUCUUGAGUGAUGAUCAGCUUACCUACACCGCGGAAAGGUGUCCAGGGCUGAGACGAAUCGUCUUACCAGCUUGGAACAGAAUAAAGAAGACUGGGAUAUGUAAAGCCAUAAGGUUAUGGAAAAAUCUUGAGUCACUGACAAUGCCUAGAAUCGCAAAUCCGCUCUACCUUUUAACAGAGAUCGCCAAGAACUGCAAGAACUUCAAGGAGUUAAAGAUCAUGGGUCCGUUCGAGAUCGUCUUUGCAGACACCAUCAUCAGUUGCCUCCCUAACCUCAAAACGUUGAGCCUUAGAUGCUCGGCGAUAAAGAGAGAAGCACUGAUCAAAAUACUCGACGGGUUACCGAAUCUUGAAGUGCUCAAUAUAUCGCACUCUUACCUAGUGGAGUUCAGUGCGGGGCAGCCGCAGCAGAAGGUGAUUGUUAGAGAGCUUGAUGAGGUGAUACUUAAGAAAGCUUCGAGGUUGAAGAGGUUUUUGACUUGUAUGGAGCAUGAGACUUGUGUCAUGUGUCGGAGGACUGAGAUUGAUGAAGGGAUUGUGAGAUGGUAUCACUACAAGAAAAGAGUGUCAACUCCGAGGAUUGUUUCCGAGAACAUGAGUCAUCGGUGA